AUGGGUACCACUUGGAGUGUCGACGAGACUGCGGUGGCGAUUAUUCUCGAUAUGUGGGGAGUUGAAUACAAGACAAUUGCCGCGGUGCUAACGAAUAAGAGAGCUUGGGUGCGGGGUGUCCAGGAAGGUUCUGUGGCUGGAAUACCGGCAACUAUACCUGAAUACGAACGUACAAAAUCCUCCGUUGCGAGCAAAUUGGACCGUAUGCGUCACACACACCCGGAGCUUUGGAGCGAAGAACUUGGUCAGUGGAAUAGGGAAGCCGUGUGCCGACCAUGGCCUUCUCGACUACCUUCUGAGUCUCACAGUUGCCGAACUUGCGAUGAUAAAGAGACGCGCUAG